GGGAGUCUAGGGGUAAACGUGGUCGGUAAAUCACGUAAAGGGUUUUAAUGUGUGCCGAUUCAGCUAGUCACAGCUAAUUUGCAUUUAUUGCGAUACUUUCUAAUAACAUAAUGAUAUAGCGAUAACAUAAGUCUAAUUGACAGGUGGCGACAUAUCAACUGGAAACCGACAAUAUGCUGACGACGCUUUAACGCUCUAUGUGUGAUACCACGGAUCGAAGCGUUAGCGUGGCCUCACCAACAUGUCUUACCUGGAGUGGGCUGAGGCUCAGCUGGCGGAGCUCGAGCUCCUGACGAGCAUGUUUCCCAGCCGGGAGGAGCUGGAGAUCACAGACCAGCUGGCACUGGCCGAGGUCAGGGCCUUUGUGGAGGGUUCAACGGGCUGCCCUCCUUCCUCCAGACCCCAGUUCCUCAUCAAACAGAAGCUGGACACCACGGAUGUCACUGUGUCCUGUCAAUAUCCAUCUGAAUAUCCCAGUGUAUUACCAGAGAUAACAGUCCGGUGUUCCAGCCUGAGCCGAGCCCAGCAGACGCAGCUCCACUCAGAUCUCAAUGCGUACCUCACAGCAAACUGCCGGGGGGACGCGUGCGUGCUCUCUGCCGUGGACUGGGUCAAAGACAAUGUGCGGCUUUUCAUCACCAGGAGCUUAGCCACAGCACCGGCCUGUAAGAAAGAGUCUGCCCCUUCACAGGAAGUCUUCAGCCGCCUGUGGAUUUACAGUCACCACAUCUACAACAAGACAAAGAGGAAGAGCAUCCUGGAGUGGUCCAAAGAGUUGGGCCUGUCGGGGUUCAGCAUGCCUGGGAAGCCGGGUAUUGUGUGCGUUGAGGGUCCUCAGUCCGCCUGUGAGGAGUUCUGGUCCAGAGUGAAGGUUCUGACAUGGAAGAAGAUCAUGAUUCGACAUAGAGAGGAUAUUCCCCUUGAUCAGCGGGCCGAGGACAGCAGCACUGGUCAAUCUAUAGACUCUCUACGCAAAUUCACAGGCUUUGAAGAAGCAAUGUUUGACCCCCAUGGGAACAGAGGGAAUCACAUGGACCUUGGGCAGCUCUACCAGUUCCUAAAUGAGAAAGGCUGUUGUGACGUCUUUCAGAUAUAUUUCGGCAUUGAAGGGAGGUAGUGUCCAGCAUACAUACUGUAGGCACUUGACAGGUGCUUUGUUAUUAUAAAGUGAUGUGGAAUUUGAGGAACCGAUUUCUCACUUUGUUGUGGCUAACAGGCAAUUUUGGAAAAAAAAAUUAUUUAUUGAAGAGGUGUUUAUCUGAGAGUUUUCUCAAGGACUCUAGUUAUAUUUGCAAUUUUAAUAUUCCUCUACAUGCCACAGAUCACACCUUGCUCUAGGUGUUUCUUCUCUCAGACGCAUCGUUGUGUAUUACUACCAGGGUAUUAUAGGAUUUUCUGGUCUGAUACCACAUUAAUAAUUGGACAACACUGACAACAAUGUGCUAGUUAUGUGUUUAUGAAAUCUGUUGAUGUCCUUAUGAAUUAAAGAUAACAUGACCAUGGAAAGUCUUUCUCCAGUUUGUGUGAGAUGAGUUGUGCAUAAUUAUGGAUUAAACCGUAGCAAUUUGUUGUA